AUGCGCACCAAGGCCGGCAAGAAGCCAGGCAAAGGCCCGGCCGCCAGCACAGCCGAUAGGAAACGCCGGGCAUCCUCCUCGCUUUCGAGUGUUUCCUCAGUCUCCGGAUUCGACGACCUCAGCGAUGCCUCGGAGGAUGACUCGGAGGAAGAAGAAGAAGAAGAAGACGCCGACGACGAAGAAGACCGGCCGGCCCUCUUGGCCCCGUCUUACGCUCCUCGCCGUGACCAGGGCCGCAAGACGGGGCUCAAGUCCACCCCGAACCGCAAGAAGAUGCGGCGUCUGUCCGACGACGAAGGAUACGACGGCCAGAACAGCAACCAGGGCAGCGACGCUGACGACAGCUCCGAUGAUGCCUACGCGGCCGUUGAUGACAUCUCCGACGGUGACGAUGAAGAGCAGGAGGUCGAGAUCCUUGAGGAAUUGCUCAUCGUCGAGUCCGAGGAUGAGCAUCAAAUCGGCGGCGGCAUGCUCUCCGCCACCGGGGACGUGACCGGCACCGAGGUCUGGGCCGCCCCUGCCGGCUCCUUCAACGAUCAUAUUCUCCUGCCGGGAGCCUCUUUCUUCGAUGAGGAGCACCUUUAUAGCGCCAUGGAGACCUUUGGCGAGACCGAUCUCACUUCCGAGGCCGCCCUUGAAACCCCCAUGCCCCGUCGCGUCCACUUCGAGGAGCACGUGUCUGAUUCGAGCUCCGACAGCGACUCACACACUGACGACGAGAUCCCCAGCGACUUUUUGCAGCAGGACAGCCUCGAUCCCCAGCUGCGCCGCAUGAUUGAGAACGACACCGAGCCCCGUUCUCGUUCCAACCGCCGGCAUUCUGAAGAGAUCUUUGGCGAUGCCGAUUACGGUCACGCUAACAUCUAUCACGUCGAGUCUGACGCCGUCUCGGAGGAAUCCAGCGGUUAUGAGACCGACGACGGUGAAACGACAGAUGAAGAUCUCCCACCUCCUGCCACCAUUACUCACCCCCGCUCCAUCCUGCGGCGGGACUCGUCUGCAUCACUGGCUCCUGUAGCUGAGGAAACCAAGGCCGCACCACCACGUCGGCGCGGCCCCAUCAUGGGCACCUUUGUGGCUGACCCGCACAAACCCGUCGCCCUGGUGGAUGGGAGCGGCAAGCAUCUUGUCAUCAUCCCCGCCUAUGCCUCUUCCCGCCACGACUGGCUAGAAUCUGCGGCCAAUAGCAUCUGCAACACCGCCAACAACAGCCCACGCGCAACUACCAUGCAUCUAAUCGAUGAGAGCGACACGGACGCAUUCACCUCGCCCAACCAUCGUCAUGCUCACCACCAUCACCAUGCCGACCUAAGCCCCAUGCUCACCUCGAGUGCCAACCUGAUGAUGACAGCACUCGGCAACGAGAUUUCCACCGGUGGCCAGGUGAUGGGCCCGCCCGAGGCCUUCUAUCCGUCGCGCGACUUUACCCUCGACAGCUCCUUUGAAGACGACGACGAGGAUGAUCCAGAGGCGGCGCUCAACGUGGAAGACUUUAUCGACUUUGGCAACGGUUCGUCCGACGACGGAGAGGAUGAUGAUGAUGAUGACGACGAAGACGAAGAAGACGAUCUCGUCAAGUUCAAGGCCUUUGAUGACGACAACACCCUUGCCUCUCCUAUGGGUGCGCCUCGUAUCCCCGAGGCCGGCACUCCCACGCCCAACCGUAGCGGCAGCGGCGGCGACGCGCAUCAGGCUAGCAGUGCCGAACGAUUUCUCAACCAUCUGGAUCGGGGCAUUGUGACGGCCUUCCGCCGCAAUCAUAACAGGUACCAAGCACUGCUACGUCUGCCGCAACACAGGGAAUUCAUGCCCGCCAACUCGCCGUCACGGCCUGCCAGUGUCUUCCGCCACUCCCGCCACACAGACCCCAAGACGCCCACGCGGAAACGCAAGGCGAGCGGCCUCGCGGGCGGCGAGGCGGUCCGCCGCAAGCUGAUGGAUGCACAGCGCCGCAGCCAGUUGCCUUUCUAA